ACCCCAUUUGCAUGAUCUUUACUUAAAGCUAUAUCGUUGGAAAAACCAGUAAUCAAGUUAUUUUUGUUCAACUUUGAUAACGGACUCUAAUUAUUUUUUUUUUACUUGAGUUUCACUAGCAUUAAAGCUCAUCACUUGUAUCCUUGAGUAUUUGUAAUAAGAUGAACAAAAGAUAUUUUUUGAUUCUAGAGUAAUCGGACUAGCUUAUUUAAAUAGUCCUACUAGACAAACCAUUUCUUCAACUUUCACAUGAUCACCGCAGAGAACUAUCUUGAUAUUUAUUAUUUUCCUUCCCAAUACUUUUUCGUCGUGCGUUUCGUUUUCUUGAAAGACUCUUUGUUUUUGAACGUUUUCUGGUUAUUGCUUGGUAAACACCCAGGUUUCUUCAAGAUGAUGUUUCAUCAUCAAUUUCCAUCGGAUAUAAUCAUCAUUCUUAUUUACAUCAAAUUUGUAUCAGAGCGCUUACGCUAUUUCUUGGUUGUUAAUAUUAGCCGUGUUGAUUGACAUGUGAUGGUUAAGUAGUAGAUUGAAGUAAAGUUUUCUUAGUUUUGAAGACCAAGUUCGUUGUAUCAUUUCCUUGAAUCAUCUGCCACCAAAAGCCGUCUUUUCAUACAUGAAAAGCAUCAUAAUAAUGUUUCCGCACCUGCUAAAGCAACUGACUAGCUUGAACAAAAGCACCAACUAAAAAAUUACGGCACUAUUUUUAAGGUGGAAAACAAAUAUUGCGGAGAAACAACACUUAUA